GAGUGGUGUCGAAGAUCGGCGGUGAUACUCGCGCGAUUAAUCGAAUAACUGUGUAAGUUGUUCGAAUCGCGACGAUAAACGCGGAUUCCGCGAGUCGCGCGCGAAUGAUGGACUUUAUUUGAAGUGCGCAGUUGGCGCGUUUUUUCACGGACGACGUUUCCCGGACGACGAGAGCACCGCUAAAAGAACAACAGUGAUUAACGCGGUAUCGUCACGCACCACGAGCGUUGAUCACGAGAACCAAGAAUGUCGUUCGUCGGGCAAUCGCUUUUCAAACGGGAAGAGAUCGCGGUGCCGGCCAGGCUGCCAAUAAUACUGAAGCAGUUCUGCAAGGCCGCGAUUCGCACGCAGCCCUACGAUCUGCUCAAAUGGUCCAGCUCGUAUUUCCGCGCGUUGGCCGACGGUGAGGAACCGCCGGUUAAGUCGCGGCUCGAACACCCGACGCCGGCGGCAUCCGUUUUAACGGUGGGCUUUCUCCGAGUGCUGCUACGACAAUUUGGAAAUUACAACAAAACGUUGCCCGUCGAGACAAUUCUGCAUCGUUGGGACUGUCUCUCCCUGGAUCGCAAACAAUUCGAUACGAUUGUGACAAUCGGCAAGUUCCGUCACGCUUGUCAGGUCAAGAAAUUCCUUUCCGUGGCGGUCGGACUUCUCGGCGCUAAUCUCACAGAGACGAUGAUCAUGAUUUGUCAGUUAUUCACACACGAGCCAGACGGAGGAUCGGCGAUGAUUCCGUUCACUUUGUUCAUGGAAAUAUACGAAUAUUUAGUGGGACUUGGAUCGAUCGGAUCGAAUAGCAGCGAGAAGAGUACGAUCGAUCAUGACACAACGGAGUGCACAACGUGCACGAAUUCUGGUGAUGGCACCUGCUCUAUAACUAGUCAAGAUACCGACGCGAACGUCAAUUUGGACACGGAAUCGGUACUCAAAGACGAGAUCGAUUCCUCAAAAAUCGAUCUAUCGACCGAGCCGGUAGAUAACACUUCGUCCGAAAAAGAGUCCGCUAAUGGCGAAAAGAAAGACGAAUCGUUGUUCGGCCAAAAGAUCGAUGGUUCGAACGAUACGAACUGCGAGGAGAACACGGCGAUUGGUACGAAAUUCUGUGGAACGAAGGACGCUAACGGGAUCUCCGAAGUGGAUAAAGACACGAAAUCCAUGUGCUACUUGAACGUGCCAGGUAUAUGUUCUGGUUUGUCGGCCGAGGAAGUCGCAAAAAUGGCGACGUGGAUGCUCGAGUGUGCAAAGCUUCAGGAAGGUAUGGUCGGACCGCGAAAUAUUCGGCACACAAAUUGUCCACCUUUGCACAAACGAUCGAAAACGUGAUGUGUUCUUUUAAGAUAAUUAAAAUAGAAAAACAAUUAUAUAGUGUGUGUAUAUAUAAAUGUGUGUGAAAUUAGUUCUCUAAACAUAUUAUAGAAUUGCUCUCUUAAAACUUCGCACACAGUGACACUUUUCAUUUAAACAGUUUUUUAUAUAACGGAAGUGUUAUAUAAAUGCGUU